UCCUCCUCAGCCACAGCAGCAGCAUCCAUUAAGAGCUCCGGUGGUCUCAUCACUCCAUCACGCCUCUCCUCCCGGAUCCGCCGCUCUGCUCUGGGAUGCCCUCGUCGAGCGUCGGCGGGGAUUUGGUGAGCAGAGCCGAUGCGGGGGGCUCGGUGCCCGGGCUGAGAGGAGGAGCGGAGCGGGGAUGGAUGCGGGCUCUCCGGGAAAACAACAGUUUGAUCGUCGCUGGCUCUAGCUGCUAAGGCUAGCAGGCUAACGCUAGCUGUCCUCAGCUGUCCUCCGCCGGGCUGUCCACGCACGCGGUGUCCACGCACGGAGUGUCCACGGACGGUGCUUUUUUUCCCCCCGCGGCGGUCAGGAUGAGCGGCGGUCGCCCGGGACGGCUCUUCCGCGGAUAACGGAGCGUUCCGGGGCUCGAGGCUCCCCCCGCCGCCGCUAGUUAGCAUCGUUGACCUGUUCGAGCUCCUCCGGAGCAGAAGGAGAUGCGGGAGGAGCGAACCUGAACCUGGACUCCAUGAAGGUCAUGAGGCUGAGAGAAUGAUCAUGCUGGAAAAACAGAGCUCGACUCAGGAGAUCGGCGAGGAGGCGGAGGAGGACGCCAUCUUCACCAUCACGCUGAGGAAGGUGCAGCUCCACCAGUCGGCCAGCAAGGGGCAGCGGUGGCUGGGCGUGGACGCGGACGCCGCGCUCAGCCUGUACGAGACCUGCAAGGUGCGCACCAUCAAGGCGGGCACGCUGGAGCGGCUGGUGGAGUACAUGGUGUCCGCCUUCCGCGGCAAGGACUCCACCUACGUCACCAUCUUCCUGUGCACCUACCGCUCCUUCGCCUCCACCAAGCAGGUCCUGGACCUGCUGCUCAACAGGUAUGCGAAGCUCCAGAACGUGCCUGCAGCCUCGGCUCACAGAGUUUCCCACGACGACUGUACCGAGCUGCGAAACACGGUGUCGUCCAUCCUGGGGGCCUGGCUGGACCAGUACUCGGAGGACUUCUGGAGUCCGCCGUCCUACGACAGUCUGCACCAGCUGCUGACCUACCUCCACCUGCACUUCCCCGGGUCCGACCUGGAGCGUCGCGCUCGCAACCUGCUGGCCCACUUCCACCGCCGGCAGCAGUGCGAGCCCGACCCCGACGGCGAACACAUCGGCUGCCCCUUUGCGACGCAGGAGGAGAGCGGCUUUGAGGACGAGCUCCCGGCGUUCAGCUUCCUGUCCUUCGACCCCAUCAUGGUGGCGGAGCAGUUCACCCUGAUGGACGCGGACCUGUUUAAGAAGGUGGUCCCGUACCACUGCCUGGGCGGGAUCUGGUCUCAGAGGGACAAGAAGGGGAAGGAGCACCUGGCCCCCACCAUCCGGGCCACGGUGGCCCAGUUCAACUCCGUCACCAACUGCGUCAUCACCACCUGCCUCAGCAACCCCGCCCUGAAGCCCGGCCAGCGGGCGCGCCUGCUGGAGCGCUGGAUCGACGUGGCCCGGGAGUGCCGCAUCCUGAAGAACUUCUCCUCGCUGCGAGCCAUCCUCUCCGCCCUGCAGUGCAACGCCAUCCACCGCCUGAAGAGGACCUGGGAGGAGGUGUCCCGGGAGGGCUUCAGGACCUUCAGAGAACUGUCUGAGAUCUUCUCUGAUGACAACAACUACUCUCUGAGCAGAGAGCUGCUGGUCAAGGAGGGAACCUCCAAGUUCGCCACUCUGGAGAUCAAUCCCAAGCGAGCGCAGCGGAGACACCAGCAGCAGAGGGACCUGGGCGUGAUGCAGGGCACCAUCCCCUACCUGGGGACCUUCCUGACCGACCUGGUGAUGAUGGACACCGCCAUGAAGGACUACACCGAGGGCGGGCUGAUCAACUUCGAGAAGAGGAGAAAGGAGUUCGAGGUGAUCGCUCAGAUCAAGCUGCUGCAGCUGGCCUCCAACAACUACAGCUUCACCCAGGACGGCCACUUCCGGGAGUGGUUCGCUGGCGUGGAGAAGCUGAGCGAGGCCGAGAGCUACAACCUGUCCUGUGAGAUCGAGCCUCUGUCGGAGUCGGCCAGCAACACCCUGAGAGCCAAGAAGAACGGAGGCAUCAUGAAGCGCUGGAGCGACCGGCAGCUGACCGAGGCGGGCUCCGGCGGCGCCUCGGGGUCCCACCACUCCAAGUCCUUCGACCACUCCCACUACCGGCCGUACCAGGGCGGGGGAGGGGGAGGGGGCGGGGGCGGGGACAGCGGGGACGCCCUCAGCGUCACCUCCGUCAGCUCCAGCGGGUCCGACCUGGAGGACGUCAACGCCAGCUUCCUGUCGGACUCACCUGAGGGACACGAGAGGAAGACCUCCACCCCCUCGGUGAAGCUCUCUGUCUCUGUGUUGGGAAGAGAAGCUCCAGCAGCAGAUUCGACCUCCACGUUCUGGGAGUGCACGUCUCUGUCCUCCCUGGACACCUCUGGGAUGGGCUCCAGCUCCGGCUCGGCGUCGGGCUCCAGCAGCGCCUCGUCCUCGUCCGUCUCGUCGUCCACGCCGCUGUCGGCGUCGCGCUCGCACAAGCGCUCGGUGUCGGCCGUGUCCAACUACUCCACCCUGUCCCUGCCGCUGUACAACCAGCAGGUGGACGACUGCUGCAUCAUCCGGGUCAGCCUGGACGUGGAGAACGGCAACAUGUACAAGAGCAUCCUGGUCACCAGCCAGGACAAGACGCCGGCGGUCAUCAGGAAGGCGAUGAUCAAACACAACCUGGAGCGAGAGAAGACGGAGGACUACGAGCUGAUGCAGAAGAUCGCCGAGGACAAAGAGCUGCGGAUCCCGGACAACGCCAACGUCUUCUACGCCAUGAACUCCACUGCCAACUACGACUUCGUGCUGAAGCGGCGUGGGCCGGCGCGGCCGCCGCGCGCCAAGGCCGUGUCCAGCUCCACGCUGCCGCGCAUGAAGCAGAAGGGCCUGAAGAUCGCCAAGGGCAUUUUCUGAGGGCCGCCCCGCCCCCCCCCCCCCUCCGGGGUCCGGACAGGACCGGCCGUCGGGCCGCGCCCGGCCCCGGUGCAUUGUGGGAGAGCAACACUCGACUUGCUGAUUCAUUCCAUUUUGUUUACAACAGUUUCUGUGUUGAAGCGUCUCGGUGAGGGAACUGAUCCAGACCCCCCCCCUCCGUGCACAAAGCGCCCCCCAGGACCCAGACAGGCACCGCUGUGUGAGAGAGCGUGUGUGUGUGUGUGUGUGCGUGUGUGUGUGCGUGUGCGUGUGUGUGUGCGUGUGUGUGUGUUUUUGGGGUGCUGCAGUCAUGACUGAGCCGGUGCCUUCUCCCGGACACCGACCUGGAGGGAUUUGAACCCUGACCCUCGAGAGCCGCCAUGUUAGAAAGACUGAAGGAGACAGUCUGAGGUGGUCUGAGACCAGGUCCUCCAGACCCUCUGAGACCAGGUCCACCAGACCCAGACCCUCUGAGACCAGGUCCACCAGACCGUCGGAGGUCCGAGGCGUCGGGGUUUGCGGAGGAGCGGAACGUGCACGGCCGUGACGCGCCUGAACUCUGAAUGAACUGAGACCAGUGAGCUGGGAAUCGAACAAGCGACCGCUGUACAUAUCCCUGAGUCCGGAGCGGCUGCAGGCUCCUCCUUCCACAUGAACUCGUCUUUUUUUUCAUGUCUUUUUCCCGCCGUUUGCGUCUCUCUGAUUGGUGCUGCUCGUUCUUCUGAAGAGCUCCCGCAUGCCGCACUUCACCGCCUCGCCGGAGGACCCCGGCCCGCCGUCCCGCCCCGAACGCCGGCACGGCGCCCGGCUCCUCCAGCGCGGCGCUCCGCUGUAACGUCGGUUCCGGCUGUUCCGGUGACUCGAACUGAGGAUCUGAACACGGAGAACGUCCGGCUGGGUUUCUCCUCCACCGCCGCCGUCUGCUGCCUUUUAUUUCGUUUGUUUCUUUCUGUAUGAAGCUCGUCGUCGCCAACAGGAUCGUGAGAGAGACGCCCCAGAAGAACCGAGGCCGAACAGCAGGGGGCGACGUCGCACCACCGACGGUGAACACUGAGCUUCACCCUCCACUGCGCUGCCAGCAGGAACCAUGUGCCAAAAUGACCUGGAGAACCCGCUGACCCGGAGAACCCGUGUUGACCCGGAGAACCCCGCUGACCCGGAGAACCCGCUGACCCGGCUUCUCCUGGAGAACAGUUUACAGAUUAAGGCAGGAUGCUGUUCUUCAGCAGGUUUAUGUAGAAACUGCACUUUUCUCAUUGUUUACGUGGUUCUGGGGUUCUGGAAGGGCCUGAAGCAAACGCUGACCUGUGGACUCCACUUCCUGAGCAGAGCGAGGAGCUCCGCCCUCCCGCUCCGCCCUCCGGAACACCAUCAGUACAGCAGAGAUUCACAUUUCCAACAUCUUUUACUAAUUCACACCUUAAUCAAUGUUUUGUUUUGCUUCUUAAUGUUGUUCACACAAAAGAUUCUUCUCUUCUGAUUAAAAAAGAAAGCUGGAAAGGCCAGGUGGAGAAAACUAAAACAAAUUCCAAAACCUGAGGAAGUGAAGGUGAAAAAGGGAAAAUAGUGAAAAUGUGUGAAGAAGUGAAGUUUACUGAAAAGGCUUUAAGAGGUGGAACAGCUGGACUGAAUGUCUCCCUGGACAGCAGUGUCCCCGUCCUCCCCGUCUGGACGCUGGACGUGUGUCCUGCUUCCACAUCAGUCUGAAAGUGGUGAAAAUGAUGGUUUUUUUUGGUGAUGAAGGUUUUAGGCCUCUGAUGCACGGAGAGCUCUGCCAUCGUCGUCGUCGUCGUCGUCGUCUUGAGGUGUUGUCGUCCGUGGAGCAGGCGGACUCCGCCCGCUCCACCCUCCGGGGAUCGAACAGGCAGACUUCCCACUGUUGCUGAGUUUGAGAGGACCUAACCCUGCGAGUGUUGAUGUGACGUUGUAGCCUGUGUGGACCUGUCGUGAUUUGACCUGCCGUCGUGCUCACCACAGCUGGAACAGCUGGCGCAGUGUGUGUGUUUUCAUUUGAACCUCUGCUUUUCCCCCUAACCUGAGUUGGAGUGCCAUUUUCCACAUGACGAGGAGCGUUUCGUCCUCUCCUCACACCCCCUGUACAAACAACUGUCCCGCUUUAUUUAUUGAUUUGUAUAUAAAGAUUUUGUUUUGCAUUGUAGAUUCUCUCCUUUCUCGGUUAUAGAUUAAUAUAUUCAUGUAUAUAUGAAUAAACAUUGAGUUUAUAAAAGUAG